AUGGAGCACAUGGUAAUGAAGAAAGCUGCUCAAAGAAUAAUAAAGAAAGUAGUUCCUGGAUGGGAAGCUGUUUUCAAUUACCAACAAGGGGAUAAAGGAAGAGUGUGGCUGUUGUGGAAUGCAAGUGUGUGCGAUUUUACAAUGAUACAGGUUCAUGAACAAUUCAUUCAUGGACUAGUGAGAGUUUAUGGGUCCAAUGAAUGUUUCAACUUUACGGCAGUGUAUGGAUUGCAUACUAUCCCGGAUAGAAAGGCGUUGUGGCAUGAGUUACUGACUAUUGCAAAUGCAAAAACUAUUCCUUGGCUUACAAUGGGGGAUUUCAAUGCGAUUAUGCAUAUUGACGAUAGAUUGUUGGGAUCAGCUGUGCAAGCUAAUGAGAUUAGUGAUUUUGCUAACUAUAUGCAAGAGGCAAAUAUCAUGGAGUUGAAGGCAAUCGGUAGAGCUUUUACUUGGACCAAUAAUCAUGUAUUUAGUAGGAUUGACAGGGGUCUAGUGAACUCAUCUUGGAUCCAGACGUGGUCUAACUUGGAGGUGGUUGUAAUGGAGCCAGAAUUCUCUGACCACUCUCCUUUAUGUGUCACUAUUGGAGAUAGACAAACUAGAGUGGCUAAACCCUUUAAAUUCUUUAAUUGCAUGGCAAGUCAUCCUGAUUUUCAGACUAUAGUGCAACAGGAAUGGUACAGGGGGUGGCAUGCUAGUACAUUACCUAUGGUCUGGAGGAAACUCGGCAGGCUAAAGACAGAACUGAAGAAGCUAAAUAGCACUGAAUUUCAGGGGGUGGCUGACAGAAUCACUGACCUGAGGAAUAAAUUGAAAGUAAUUCAAAGUCAAAUGGGAAAAGUUUCAGACUAUCACGUACUGCAUGAUGAAGAGAAAACAGUGAGACUAGAAUUGGAGAAAUGGCAUAACAUAGAAGAGAGUGUUCUAAAGCAAAAGUCUAGAGUCAACUGGCUUAACUAG